AUGUCUCAAGAGGCUAAACUUCGCCUAGAAAUGAAAAAGCUUAAAGCAGAGAAUAAACAGCUGCAGCAGCUUUUAGUAAACGCAGAAAGCGAAAUGACUAACAUAAUUAAGAAGUCUCAAGAAGAGAGCAAACAAUUGCAAAGCCUUUUCGAGUCAGUGUGACCCCAAAUACAGCAAAAGCUUCAGUCAAAGCAUGAUUCAUAUUUAUCUGAUAUGUCCACUGCUUCAAAUGAGAAAAAAUCUGCUGCUAUACAAACUGAUGAAGACUCCACAUGGGAUGAAAACAUUAUCUCUCUUGAAAACUGCCUAAACUAUUUAGAGAACUCUGCGAAUGACUUAGUAAACCAACAAAUGAUUACCCAAGCAGAGCUGGAGCACGCCCAAAAGCGAGAAAACUCGCUCAGCCAGGUUGUGAAAAGCUACCAGCAGCAGAUUGAAGCCCUCGAACUCGACAUUGCGCAGCUUAAAAACCAAGCUGACAAGCUGAAAGAAGAAAACACUCUAAUUUCACAGCACUUAGAGUAUGGAAAUCUGAUAGGAGAGCCUAUUCCUGCAAUAUUCUCAAUUUUUAAUCAAUCAUAA